AAACGAGGCUCGUUAGAGUUAAGAAAAGAGAAUGGAAUGUAAAGAAUUCAGUUUCUUGGAUGAAUCGAUAUAACACAAUAAAGUGCAUAAAGAGCGACCGUGAUCCAAUUAUAAUUGUAUCAUACUGUAAUUUGAAAGGGCUGAUUAUGGCUGUACACCACAGGAGAUACCGAAGACGAUAAAUUUUUAGAUUAUAAAUUAUGUCCUCACUGUCAUUGCACAAUGCUGUCAGCAAGAAGAAAAAAGUUGUCAACGUCAUCUUGUUAAAUGGAGAGGCCUGUCAAGUCACUGUGGAUGUCAAGUCCAAAUUCCUUGAUGUGUUCAAUCAGAUUACCUCUUACCUAAAUCUUAGAGAAACUGAGUACUUUGGGUUGGCACAGAAGAAAGAUGAGGAAUACUUAUUUGUUGCUCUGGAUGAAAAAAUUCACAAACAAGCACCAAAGUCUUGGAAAACAGGAAAUGGAGAGGGCCUGGAUGAACGAGGUCAGCCUAUCUUGACUGUGUAUUUUCGUGUUCACUUUUAUGUAGACCAGUUUGUUUUACUGAGGGAAAAGGUCACCAGGCAUCUGUAUUAUCUUCAAUUAAAAGAAAAUCUACUGCAUUACAAUCAUGUCUGUUCAGAAGGAAAAUGUUUCCAAAUGGUGUCUUAUGCACUUCAAGCAGACUUGGGCAAUUACAGCUCAGAAAAGCAUGCAGAAGGCUACUUUGAUCCAAGAGAGUAUUUUCCUGCAUGGAUGGUGAAGAGAAGGGGAGAGAACUACAUUGUGAACAAUAUACCAGUCAUUCACAAGGAUUUACAGAAUGUGACAAAAUCUGAGGCUGAACUUCGUUUUAUUCGUGAGGCUUCCAUGUCGCCUGCAGCACACAAUCUUCAUUUUUAUCGUCUUCGGAAGCGGAAAACUGACAAAAGUUGCAAUGCAUGGUUAGGUGUUUGUGCCAAAGGAAUUGAAAUAUAUGAGGAAAUGAGUGAUUCAUUCAAAAACCUUAUUUCAACAUUUUUGUGGCCUGAUAUUGGAAAACUGCACUUUGAGAAAAAGAAGUUUGAGAUUCAGUCUGGACCAGGUGGAAGAAAGUUUUCAUACUACACAGAGUCGGACUGCAAGUCUAAGUACUUGCUUUCCUUGUGUAGAACCACUCAUAUGUUCCAGAUGGCCAUCCAACCCAAGCUCAUGGAAAUCAGGCAUUUGGAUGCUGAAGAUAAGAGGAGAUACAGGGAAUCUUACAUUUACUCGGAUACCCAAGAUUUAGUCACCAAUGGAGGGACGUUUCGAGGGAACCUCUCCCCCUCUACAAAAGGUGCCACCACACGAUUCUCUGUGGUCAGUGACGCGAGCUCUAACACCACAUCAGGCAUCGCCAGUGACAAGAUGACCAUCAGCUUUGAAGAAAAUGAUGAACCCACCAAAGAAAUAAUGAUCGACUGUCCACCUCAAGUUUCAAAUUUCAGAAUGUCACCUCGUCAAGGGAGAUUGACAGCAGAUGGAGUUAUCUCCACUUUGCCAAGUUACAUCCCAUCAAGGGGUAAAAAGACAAGUCCUAAAUUGGACUACAAAUCAGCCUCUGUGAGGAGAGGAAUGAAACACAUAGACCGAUCCCCCUCUCUGGGCCGCCCCACCAUCCCCAAGCCUAGCACAUCCCCCGUCACCCGACACAUCGAUAGAAUAUCACCCACCGCCACACCAGUUAUUAGUGCACAUAGGUCAGACAUUAGCGCACAUAGUGGACAUAGUGCACACAGCACGCACAGUGCUCAAAGCUCAGGCACCAUGUUUAACAGUUCUGAGCAUGUGAACAAAUCGCCUAGUGGGAGUAGUUUUGGUUCCUUACAAGGGGGACGACUCAGUCUGCCCUGCCCACCCCAGCCUGUGCCUCCAGCAUAUACCAGUGCUAGGACAGUGCCCGUCUAUGUAGCACACAGCACCACCUCCAGUUUCAGCCAUUCAGAUGCAAUAUCAUUUUCACAGCCAGUCAGUAGAAGCACAAGUCGUGCUGAAAGCUUUAACAAGAACUUUGGACGAUACCACCUCCAGGAGAAUGAAUCCUUGAUUCCUCCGGUGUCCAGUCAGUUACAAACACCAUUCACUGGCACUUUGGCUCCAGAUUUUGGGAGUGGCACACCUCUGUUAGACGCCUUGGCCGGUAAUCUUGUCCUACAAAACUAUCAAAACUACCCUCCUGUUACACACGGAGAAAUGACCGAAGUUCCUUACCCUAAACCAGAAAUUACUGAAGCUUACAUUCCUAACACUGAAAUGACGCUGCCAGAGAUGACUAAGGAGUACCUGGCCCCACCCCCCAUGUUUGCAGACAGUAGUCACAAUGAGUCCACAGACUCAGCCUUGUCUGGGUCUGGUAGUAUGGACCCCAAAUUGUCAAUGACUUCAGAUAGUGGAUCUAUGGACCACACAGAGUCAGAAGUAGAAGAGUCAAAUCAGGAUGGGGAGCUAGCAAGUGAAAAUCCACCAACUCAAAUUUCUGUCAAUAAUCAAGAAGAAAUCCUCCACCCCGAGCUGGAGGAGAUUCGUGGUCAGCCCAGUGCAUUUUCUUCCUUCUCCAUGAUAACUAAGCUGUGUACGGACAAAUCCUUAAUGCAAAACCCAUAUCCCAAAGUAUCAGUACCUGUCAUUGGUGCCUAUGACAUGAGUUCCAUAAGGUCAACAGACUCACGAAUUUCACAUUUGUCACAUGAUAUGGAUGCUCGUCGUUUGUCGUCGUGUUACCCAGAAUCCUCUCAACCAAUGACAACGGUAACUCCUACCCGACCAUUCAGCUGGCACAGUGAAAACUUUGAACUCGAUGCCCAGUUGACCUUGCUAAAUGGUAAUGUUGCUAUGAUACCAGGUUACCUUGACAAUUACACUAGCAUGCCACAGAACCUGGGAGGAAUCCUAGUUGCGCCCCCUUCUUCGUUAGCUAAUACGUUUGCGCUAGACUUUGCGAGACAGCAGAUGAUAGGGGGCAGGUAUUCCCCGCAGUCGAUAGCAAGUCAUUUAAUGAUACCUCCCAAGUUAUCCAGUGGGGGACACAGUACUACUGAUAGAAAUAUUAGUCAAAAAGCUUUCAAAGAAACUUUUGGAAUUGCAUAAUUGAUGAGUUCUAUUACAUCAAUAAUUUUACUAUUACUGAUAUUCUGUUUUGAAAAUCACUGUUGCAAAAUGUUUGUGGAUAAUGUCUAAGCAUGUUACUUAUAAAUUUUUGUUUUGCCCUGAAAGUGAAAAGAUCUGAGUUGGAGUGACUGAACAAAAGUUGUAUUUGAGUUUUGAUUAUGUCUGUUUGUUGAAUGGCUUUUCAGUGUGUAGUUUUUGUAAGUGUGAUGAACAAUUAGAAAUUGUCUACUGCCAAACAAAUAGGUGAGCUAGGAUUGAAUAGCAGAUAUUUUUUGUUAAAGAUUAUUUUUAUCAAAUAUUAUUUUUAUGUGCUGUGCACAAAAUGAUAUUGUUCCUUAUUUCAUUAACCUUUGAAAAUUUUUGUACAUACAUGUACAGUGAACAAAGUAUUUUUUCCAUUGAAAUUUUUUUUUUAAAAGAAGCAUGCAAGAUGAAAUAUAUUUUGAAUGGUGAUGCAUAUAUUUUUUGAGAUGAGAAGAUGGUUCUAUGCAAUUUGAUGGACUGUGGUCAUUUAGAUUUUACAGGUUUUUUUUCCCACUGGGUAUUUUAUUUCAUAAUAUUUUCCACAACAUUUGCAAUAAACUAACAUUUUUAUUAUUGUAAUAUUGAAUUGUUGUGAUAGAUAUAUAUAUAUUUAAUCUAUACAAAGGUUGUAUUAGGAAAGUUGUUGUCACAAGGAUAAAAUUUACAUAGAAUUAUAAAAGAUCAUUAUCAUUUCCUACCUUAGCUGAUUGUUUGAGCUUUAAAAUUUAGCUACAUGAUAUAUGUGUUUAUGUACAGUGGAAUUUUAAAAUGUUUUUGUAUGUCAAAGUAUGUGCAUUUUUACCAUGAUAUUAUUUUAAAAGUUUUGGAUCGACUUCUACAUUGAAGCGACUUUUCCUUUUUAUUACGCAGGGACUUUUAGAGUUGCAUUGUAAGCAAGCAGGCAUAUUUCUUAAAAAAUAAAAAAUCUGUAUUUUUAUUUCUAUUUUAUGAUUGAAAAGUUAAAUGAAAACUCAUAAAACUCUAUGAUAUAUUACCCAAAACACAGAUAAUUAUUUUUUAAAUUUUUUUCUUCUUCAUUGUUUGAAGGCAGUUUAAGUUUUAAAAGAGGAAUAUUUUAAAUAAUUUUGGAAAUAACACCUCAUACGAUGAACAUUGCUUGCAUUUUAGGUUACAGUGCAACUUAGAGGUACCUGUGGUUUCAUUCUGUGAUGUAAACAUUGUGAUAAUGGCUAAAUAGCCAGCAUUUCUUCUUCAUGGUCAGUAUAGCCUUCAGUAUGUUAAUUUCAUGUUUGUGAAACAAACUUCAUUCAUUUCCCCCAUUCAUUUUGAAAGUCUAAAUGAACAAUUUAUACUGCUUUUAGAUAUUUUCACUUUUGUGACUUUUGCAACUGUGUUAAAGUAUUGUUCAGAAAAGGUAGAUUUGACUGCAUUUCAUUAAUAGCAAAUAAGUUUAGAUAUAAAUGAAAUAAUCAGGUUUAAACACUUAUCAGCUGAUAUAAAUUUUAGGAUUUUUUUUUUGCAAAAAAUUUAUAUAUUCAAACAUUCGCUGUUAAGAAAUUGGUUUUGUACAAUAUUUAGAUUAUACAAUGUCAGAAUAUGUUUGUUGAAAAUGAUACAAUCUAAUAAGUAUGCUGCGAAUUGUUGAUUGCAGUAAGCAUUUACAAUCAUUUAUUUGUAAGCUGCAUGGAUUGUGUGAUAAAAAAGCAUGUUAAGGGUUAUCCCUCCUUGAACUUCAUACACACUUUGUUACAUGCUAAGUGAACUUCUUUUCAAAUCCACCAAUUUAUGCUGUAUGGUUUAUUUCAGAUCUGAAAAUCAUUUUGGUUUUUGACUAUGCAUUUUAAAUUUAUGCAGAUAAAUCCCUAAUACUGCAGUCACAGGAAGGCUUUUGUCACAUUUUCUUCUGCGGCAGACAUCUAUGCAAGUAAUUCAAAACAUGAAAGCUAUUUUUUUUAUUGGGGAAUUUUAUAUACUUCAUUUUAAGUCCAUUGUUGUACAGAAGAAUCCAAGAUAUUACUUAGGUACUGACAUGAAUUUAUAUAGCCAGUAUUCUCAGACAUAUUUGCAGAAAGCUAAGAAACUAGUAUCUCCAUUCCUUAAUAUUUUCAUAUGCAUAUUUAUCUUACCAAUAGGAAUAUGAGAGUGACAAUGUUUUUGGUAGAGUGUGACUUGAAGGAUGGAAACUUUGAUUGUGGAAUGACACUGGUUCUCUUGUUGUUUUCCCAUGUUUUACAAAAUAUCCUGAAGACCUUUCAUUUUGUUAGUUAACGGACAACGGGUGUGAAAGAUCUAUGCAAUAUCAUUAUUGGGCAUUUCGCCAUAUCGACAGGAAGUUUUCUUUUGUGUGUUAAAAUUCGAAUCGUGAUUUUGGAGGAUGCUUACAAAAUGUGAUUUCAUAUGUACAAAAAAUACAAGCCUUAGAAAUGGUUUCUCUGCAUUACUGAAGAUAUUAUAAUGAAAGUACAUCAGUGUGUUUACACCUCAUUCGUACAAGAGCAGGUUUAAAUUCUUAAGAAGAUGGUGCUAAGAAUAUUUCAUUGGGGAGUGUUAUGUGCCUUUUUAUAGAAGGAUAUUUAUCAAAGACAGCUUUAUAUGUUGUGUACACAUGAUGACUAACUGAUUCUUAUAAUACAUUAGAAUUCUUUCAUAUUUGUUAAGAUACUAAUUAUUGAAAUAGCUAAUUCAUGAAGGGAGUAUUUAUACAAAUAAAUAUAUGUUACUACUGUA